AUGGCUCUCUCACUCGGCAAGCUCACCAUUCUCCUCGGUGCAGGUAUUGUUGGUUCUGUAAUUGCUAAAGAAGGCAGUCUGCCUGACGUUUCUGGUCUCGUCUCCGGUGCUUUCAAGGUUGUUUUGAAGCAACUUAAAAGCAAUGAGCCUGCUCCAACUGUUAAAAAGCUGCCACAUAAUGAUGCUUUGAUGGCUCAGGUAAACAGUCUUCGGCAAGAAUUACAACUUCUUGCUAGAGAUAGAUCAAUCACUAUUGUAAAUGCAAGUGGAACAGGUGGAAGAAAAUAUGUGACUGUGAUUGUUAUUGUUGCGGUGGGAUAUGGAUACAUUUGGUGGAAGGGAUGGAAGCUUCCUGAUUUGAUGUUUGCAACAAAACGAAGUUUGUCUGAUGCUUGUACAUCUAUUGGUGAUCAGAUGGGGAAGCUGUAUGGAACAAUUGAUGAUGUAAAGAAGAAACUAUCUACAAGAAUGAACCGUUUAGAUGAAAAUUUAGAUGAAUGUGCUGCCCUUACUGAAAGUACCAGGGAGGAGAUAGCUGUAACUCAACAGAAGGCAGACACGAUAACUGGAGAUUUCAAGUCUGUUCAUGUUGCAGUCCGUGUUCUGGAAUCUAGAAUUAAAGAAAUAGAAGAGAAGCAGGUGGCCACAACUGAAGGAGCAUCUUCAUCCAGUUCUUCCAGGCCAGCCCUUGAGCCACCACCAGCUUCACCCUCUUCCAGGGGUUCGCAAUUGGCUUCAUCUAUGCUAUCUCUUGAGCCACUAUCUGUCACGCCAUCAGCAAGGACUGGAUCGCCACCGCCAAUAUCAGCUGAUCCACCAACUCCAUCAAAUUCUGGUGGGCCUGUCCAGGAGAGUAGAAUUAAUGGAUCUAGUUCUGGCUUGUUUGGGCUGAGUAGGUUAUCUGGCGUCUAUGCUCCAUUUCUGAGUAGAACUCGCAAUUAUUGGACCUAUGGUGGGGGUGGAAAUCUUCACCAGUUGGCUUACCCAAGCCAAAUUAUAGUAUGCAUGCCCAAGCCAGAUUAUGAACGACUGGGCAUUGAAUUUUGCAGAGAUGCUGUUUCUCUCGAGUUUCAUUAG